UUUUGGAAAGAAUAUUUUUUUCUAUAGGGUAGUCUAGAGAACCAAAGUUACCAAAUCUAGCAACAAAACUGCUAAAUUGGCAACACUGCCUACUUUUUCUUAAUCCCUUUUAUCUUCAAUAUUUGCAUGAAAGUUCAAACACCCUGGACGAGGUUCAGACAACAUGAAAACACUACAACUUGAAACCACUACAGACACACAAGAAGAGGUCUGACACUGUCAAUGUCGAAGGAAGACAAACUAAGAAGAACAAUGAUCAGAAACGGACACAGACACAAAGCCGACUAACAAAUAAAAAUGAUUGGUGAGAAACAACACAAGUGAAAAGCACCUGUGAUUCAAGGAUUUGAAGAUACAAGUUAAGAAGUACAAGAAAAGAGAAACAGAGAUGAUUAUCCUGGCCACUAUUGUGAUAUUGAUGUGUGUCACUGCCAGCGGCACCAUGGAUGGGUCUGAGAUGAAUUGUCAUUCAGUGGUCAGAGUGCCACGAAACACAGUGUUUCUAGCUCCUGUUAGGAGCGUGUUGAAGAUAAACUGUACUAUUACUCUAGAUGGAUGUCACAGGAACCCAAGAGUCUCAUGGUGCAAACGCUAUGGAGAUGACUGUAAAUCUUUAAAUUACUCAAAUCACAUAACAACUGAGUGGAAGAACAUCACAGAACAUCAAGGGAUGGCUUUCCUGGUUUUCCUGAACAUAUCAAUGGAGGAUGCAGGUUUCUACAGAUGUAAAGAAAGCGACAUGUCUAUAGGCCAUGUUAUUAAUGUGACUGUGACAGCUGAUAAUAAGAAUGAAGAGUUUUCACCCACUCCGAACAACACAAUACAUGAUCUAAAUACACCUCCAAACGAUGGUCUGCAGCGGCUUUGGUAUUCUGUAUACAUCUGCAGUGGAAUAGUGGGGCUGGUCUUCAUAGUUAUGAUUGUAUCAUUUCUUUAUAUCUUUAGACGCCAAGGGAGAAAGUCUACAAGAAAAGAUAUGGCAAAUAAAAAUCAGUUCAUGGAAACACAAAAAAAUGACCUGCUUCUUCCUCCCCAUCUCUAUCUGAACUCAGACGUGCUGACCUCUGUUGUAUACCGUGUUUAAGAAUCUAUACUCUCACAGAAA